CUCUGUGAAAGCCCUGCCGUCGCCUUGUCGAGUCAUCGCCAGAGAAGAGCAGAGAGCAGACAGAGCCGCCGUCCAAUGGCUUGAAAACAGGGAAUAACUGUGGAUCACAGUCGAUUUAUUGCGCCACACAAGCCAAGAGGAGCUUAACGGCGGUUAUGGGAGCAGACUAAACGUUGAUUCGGAUGAGGAUACAGCAUCUUUGAGUGAGACCGUUGCCUUAUGACCCGGACACAGACAACAUAGACACAGACAGAAAUAAGUACCAGAGCCGCCGCGACACCAGCGAGCGAACUUGGCUGCUCUACCCGGUGGGAGGUGUUGGUCUGUCGGCUGCGGCUUGCUGCACGUAUCGUACUGCUCAGCGCCACGCUGUUCGGACCCUUUUAGAAGGAUAAGGUCGUAGCCAAGUCAUGUUUUUGUAAAUAGCUUCUUUUUCGGGGUUUUCGUCAACCAACUGUGGCUUUAAUGUGACGCACUAUUCUGACAAUUGUGCUGUGUCGGAGCGGACCCCCUACUGCAGAGGAGUUACACAGGCUUUUAAAUCAACUUUGUACCUUCAUAAUUCUACGGUGCCGAUACAGCCCAUACCAAUGUAACAGUAACAAGGGGCGAAGCAGAUCAAGCUGGGCCUGGCUAGGCCUAGUCUUCUGUCUGGCCUUACCAGACAGGCCAGCGACCUCUCCAGGGAGUCCUAAUUCAACGACGAGCAGUGGGGGCCUCAGCCUGUUCUUACAGAAACUUCACCAGACUACUACAUCAAGCUGUAACGGAUUGGAUUCCAAUCAUACCUUGUUUUAUCAGCCUUUGGUAGGCUAUGCUGGUCUGUUAUAUCUCAGAUCCUUCCAUGUCGUGGAUGUCCCUCUCUGGAUGGUGGCAGCAGGAUGGAUUCGAGUGUUAAUUUGACGGUUGUCACAUCAUUGCAGUUCUUGCACUCCCCCUCCUUUGACUGGCUUUCGUCCCUUCCCUCCCGAAUCUUAAAGCGAAAGCCCCUGCUGCUCUCUUGGGGCUUCCCUGAGCCCUGUAUAGAAGGGACUUGUAGGAACUGUAGAUUGGUUUGUUGAAAGAGUUGACAUUGCCCGGGGAACCUAGAGUUAUCCACCCAUUUUCUUUUUUCCAGAGUUUCAUUGGAGGUUGGACAGCAUAUCCUUUGAAAAAUAAGCUUGCUAAUACAGAUUUGUGACUGCAUACACACAGUAUACACAUAGAUUGAUCUGAUUAAGUCCUUAUUUAUAUGCACAGAAUUCUUUUUUUGUGGUCUGAGUCUUAGGGAGAAAUGUCUGAAAGCAGCAGCAAAGCGGCAGAAUUGAUUGCCCCUGCCCCUCCUCCUCCCUCUGCCUCUCCUUGUCCAUCACCCCAAACCCCCCAUAAGAAUGUGAAUGGCUCUGCCAGUUCAGACACGCUUGUGGUAGAGAAGCUUAGCAGCCACCCUGAGGUCCAACGUCGGCGCCACACAAUGGAUAGAGACUCUAAAAUAGCCGAGCACCGCUUCUUCCGCCGGAGUGUCAUUUGUGACUCCAAUGCCACAGCUUUGGACCUGCCCAGCAAAGCAGCUGUGAUACUCACCUCACCUCCAGACUGUGAAGGGCCUCCCACCUUCUUCUUUCAAGUUCCCUCAGGUCCUGGACCUGGGGUGCGAGAUGCUGAAGGCAGAGAAGUCUCAAGAGGUCCUUACCUGCAAACCUCAGCCCUCCAGCCUGGUCUUAGCCUGGGGAGGUCAGUUGCAGAAGGACACAUAGAAAAUGCUGAGGAAGAUUUAGAUGAGAGCAGUAUCACAAUUGCUGUUCCCACACGUAGUAUUGUUGAAGAACAUAGCGCAGAUGGGGCAGUAAAAGAGCCCAGCCCGACAGUAUUGGAUGUUACCGACAAAACAUUACGCAAACUGCCUGAUGUCACAUUGCGUCCCAGAGGGUCAGAGUCCACACAACAGGUGACAAAAGACGGAAAAGUGAUAGAACACGUGGACGGGGUUAGCGUUAGUAGUCCGAUCGAGGAGAAAGAGAAGGAGACUGAGGAGGAGAAGGAGACGGAGGAGGAGAAGGACCUAGCAAAAGCACGGGCCGAGCAGAGGGAGGCCGAGAAACGAGUGCAAGAGGAUAUAGAGGAGGUGGAAACAAAAGCUGUAGGGACCUCCCCGGAUGGGCGCUUCUUGAAAUUUGACAUCGAGAUUGGAAGAGGGUCCUUUAAGACUGUGUACAAGGGACUGGAUACAGAGACUACUGUGGAAGUUGCGUGGUGUGAGCUCCAGGAUCGCAAACUGUCCAAGUCGGAGCGCCAGCGCUUCAAAGAGGAAGCAGGGAUGUUGAAAGGUCUCCAGCAUCCUAACAUUGUCCGCUUCUAUGACUCUUGGGAGGGACCAUGCAAAGGAAAGAAAUGUAUUGUUCUGGUCACGGAGCUCAUGACAUCUGGCACGCUUAAAACCUACCUGAAGCGUUUCAAGGUGAUGAAAAUCAAGGUUCUUCGUUCGUGGUGCAGACAGAUCCUCAAAGGCCUCCACUUCCUGCACACCAGAACCCCACCCAUCAUUCAUAGGGACCUGAAAUGCGACAACAUCUUUAUCACGGGGCCCACGGGCUCAGUGAAGAUAGGGGACCUGGGUUUAGCAACGCUAAAAAGGGCCUCCUUUGCCAAGAGUGUCAUAGGAACCCCAGAGUUUAUGGCCCCAGAGAUGUAUGAGGAGAAGUAUGAUGAAUUAGUAGACGUCUACGCCUUCGGGAUGUGUAUGCUGGAGAUGGCUACCUCAGAGUACCCUUACUCUGAAUGUCAAAACGCAGCCCAGAUCUACAGGCGGGUUACUAGUGGAGUGAAACCUGGCAGUUUUGACAAGGUAGCCAUUCCUGAGGUGAAGGAAAUUAUAGACGGCUGCAUCAGAACAAACAAGGAUGAAAGGUAUGCCAUAAAGAUCCUGUUGAACCAUGCAUUCUUCCAGGAGGACACAGGGGUCAGGGUUGAACUGGCAGAAGAAGAUGAUGAGGAAAUGGUUGCUAUCAAACUCUGGCUCAGAAUAGAAGACGUCAAGAAGCUCAAAGGCAAAUACAAAGACAACGAAGCAAUUGAGUUCUCCUUUGACCUGAACAAGGACGUCCCUGAAGAUGUGGCCCAGGAAAUGGUUGAGUCUGGUUAUGUUGCUGAGGGGGACCAUAAGACCAUGGCCAAGGCUAUCAAGGACCGCGUGUCUCUGAUCCAGCGGAAGAGAGAACAGAGGCAGCUGGUACGAGAAGAACAGAAGAAGAGAAAAUUGGAGACUGAACAACAGCUACAGCAGCAGCAGCUACAGCAGCAGCAGCAGCAGCAGCAACAACAGCAACAACAGCAGCACCAAGAGGCACUCAGACAUUCACACACACAGGCGGAGGCAGAGGAGAUGGAAAUGGAGCAACAGCAGCUUCACUAUCAGCAGGCCGGCAUCUCACACACAUCCGAAGGAGGUCUGGACAGCGGCCAGGGUUCCUCAGUUUUCUCCUUAGACUCCACCCACCUGGGUCAGCUGGCCAUGUCGUACAGCUGCCCCCCUUCUUCCCAACCCUCUUCCCAGCCCCAAUCCCCCUACCCCUCCACCCCCUCUGCGAACCUGCAGCAGCACCCAGGCUACGCCCCGCCGCCGCAGCCAACGCCUGCGUUGCGCCGUCGUCGAAGUCGUAGCAUGUCUGUUUGCGUCCCCCCCUCCUCCUACUCCUUUUCCCAUGCUCCUUCGCCCCUGGCCAUUCCUCAUAAGCAGCCCUCCACCCCUCCUCCAGACCUGUCCUCCUCAUCCUCCUACACCACCACCUCCCCAUGCAUGCCCCUCGCAGCUGAGAGGGACGCAUUUGCCGGGCGCCUCUCCAAGGCCCUGGAGACGGUCCUACCCCUUCACUCUGCCUCCUCUCUACCCAGUGCCAGGCAGCGGAGGGCCAGCCUACCUGCCCUGUUCUCUACCCCUCAGCAUUCAGUGCCUCACCCCUACAGUGGAGGAGGAAGCACAAGAGGAGGAGGAGCAAGAGGGAGCAUCCCCCUUCAAACUCCCCCAGACCCCCCAACUCUUUUCUUCCCCUCCAUCCCUGAGCGCCCCAUUUCCUUCUCGCCUCCCCCCACUGGGCCUCCAAAGGCCUACAACACCCAGAGACGCAAGAGCACGUCCAUUCUCGAGGCACAUACCAGACACUUCCAGCCUGCCUACACCCGCUAUGGGAGCAGCCUGCAUCCAUUUUCUGGGAUGGAGGGUGUUGAGACCCCUUCUAUCUUCGUGGUAAAUCCCAGUUUUGCAGCAGCUGCUCAAAGACUUGGUGUUGGGGAGGCGCUGCAUCUCCCAGGACAAUCUGACCCAAGUUUGUACAGCUACAAAGACAUGAGAGCAGAGCAUGAGGAAGCAGUGAGGAGAUUAAGUCUAAAUCAAGCUGCCUUAUUGGACCAUUAUGAAGCAAUGGCAUAUGGAGGAUACCCAAUAACUGGGCACCAGCUUGGCCACUUCAGUUUUCAUCAGCAGAGGCAGGCUGCAGCUGCAGCUGCUGGUUUAGGUUUUGAUCCUGUCCCUGCACCUCAAACAGGGUUCUUGCACGCACACGUCAUGCAAAGAAUGAGUGCACACAGCCCAAUCCCUCAACCCAUGAGUUUGCCCACGGGGGGCUCUUCUUCAUCAUCUGAUGGAUGCUAUCCUCCACCACAGCAUGCUUCCUCUUCCGCUUUCCCUCUUUCUGCGCCUCCAGUAAUGGCUGAAGCACCACCGUCAACAAGUGCUUUUGAGUUCCAUUUAGCUGCAGCUGCUGCAGCUGCUGCUGGAGACCCGAGCCUCCUGGCAUCCAGACUAUACCGGGCCCGAAGGAGCUCCUUGGACCUCCCUCUAGAGGACAACACUGGAACUGGCUCAGGUGGUUCAGGCACGUACAGCCGUCUCCAGCCGGUGACUGAAGAGCUGUACGCAUAUCUCAGUCCCGAGCUGCCCUUACCUCCAGGAAGUCUUCUACUUCACCACAUAGGUGUAGCCACAAAAGACAGAAGCCCAGAACCUAAUAGUGACUCUAUGGCCUCUUCUGACGCCGGGGAGUUCCUGUCACCUCCUCCCCCACCUCUCCUCCCUCCCUUUGACUCCUCAGCUGCUCAGUCCAUCCCUCACUCGUCCUCCGCUGCGCUCUACGAUUUAUCUGGAGGGGUGUUCCCCAUAGAUCCCCAGGGACAUCCACCCUCUAUGCAGAGCUUCCUCCCUGCCACUCCAUCCACUGAGCUUGGUGGAGCAUCUUCAACCCAGCUGGAGUCUUUGAUCCAGAAUGCCUGGGCUCGGCAUGGAGGGGUGAUACCAGCCCAACCGGAUAUGACAUACCAUGAAUCUUUGCUGGCCAUGCAGGCUGCUAUCCCCUCUCUGCAGCAGGUUCAGGCUCCCCCCUGCCAGUCCACUCCAGGACCCCCUCUGGUCCCUGUCAACACCCAGCCAGCUCCUCCUGGGACCCCCCAACAAGUUGUUUCAUCCAGUCACAAUAUUACAUCAGUUCAGAGCCCCACACACACCUCUCUGCCGCAGGCGGUACCACAGCCCAGUGUAACUCCAUCUACCGUUUCCUUGAUGACCCUGCCCUCUCCGUCGCUGUCCCUCCCUGUUACCAUGCCAUCUGCAGCGGUGGCUUCCCCUCCCUCUCCUCUGCCACACCCUGUUGGGGUGGUGCCUACUAUUGUUUCCCUUCCUACUCCUCCUCCUCCUGUGCCCACACCUGUGCCCCAGACAUUGGCCCCGGUGGUUCCAAUCAUCAGUGUAGUCACCGCCCCGCCUGAUACUCCCAUGGAAGCCCCUCCCCAGUCUUCAGAGCUGUCCCAGUCCCAACUUCAGCCACCUCAAGUUCUCUCAUCUAUAGAGAGUGGCCACUCUGAGACAUCAGGUCUGAGUGAUGGCAACGAGGGAGGAGGAGGGCGCCAUGAAGGGCGCUCCACCAAGCGACAUCAGAGACGUUCUGUGCGUAGUCGAUCACGCCAUGAGAAGAUCUCCAAGGCGAAACUCAAUGUCCUAAAUAUCUCCAAUCGAGGAGAUAGGGUAGCAGAAUGUCAGCUGGAGACCCACAACAGGAAGAUGGUGACUUUUAGGUUUGACCUGGAUGGAGACAACCCUGAGGAGAUCGCCCAGAUCAUGGUCCAGAGCGAGUUCAUCCUGGAGAGUGAGAGGGAAUCAUUCAUUGAGCAGGUCAGAGAUGUGAUAGAGAACGCAGAUGAGAAACGUCUUGAGAGAGACACAAACAGCCAGAUGGCUGGUGAUAUGGUGCAGCAGAAUCCUGUUAUAUCGGUCCCCAUGCCAGAUAUUGCUCCCAGUGCAACAGCACAAGUGGUGCAUUCAGCAGGUCGGAGGUUCAUCGUCUGCCCCGUACCUGAAGCCAGGCUAAAGGAACAAAUGUUUCCCACCUCUCCUUCUCCUGCCCGGGCACGUCCUGUUGAAACAGUUCCUCCAGCUUCAGCUCCAGCUCCAUCUCAGACUCCAGGUCGAGGUGUAGCAUUGUCCCAGUCUGCUGGAGUAAUCAACUUACAACAAGCCUUCUCUGAGCUCAGACAGAACCAGAAUCAGUUUGACGUCGGACCCAGCACCGCCCCAGCAUCUAUCCACUCCAGCCAUCCUCUUCUGCAGCCUGCAGCAACUUGUGGGCCUUCACAGGCUAGCACAGUCACUUCUACUGUGGAUCCUACUGCUGGUCUUAUCCUUUCUAAUUCAAACCAGGCACAGGAGCAAGUCUUGGAUGCCUCUCCUCCUCCCGCUUCCUCCUCCUCCCCCUCCUCUAUGCCCGCUGUCUGUUUCAGCCCUCCUUGUUCCACUUCCCCGCCUCCUGCUGUGGUGAAUCAGACCAUCCUUCAGUCACAGCUACUUUCACAGCCGGGGAUACAGGUUGUGUCCCAACCCCAGGGACAGGUGCAGGUCCAGGGGCAAACACAAACUCCGCCCCAGGCUUUUAGCCAGCCUCAGCCUCAGACUGUCUCUGCUGUCAUUGCUACUUCAGUACUCACCACUUUACCACCUGCUAGCAUCUCCAGCAUCCCCCCAACAAUGCUCACCUCCCCACCUCCCGCCCAAACUCUUCCUCUUGUAUCCUCUCCUCCCUCCUCUACUCUUCUAGCCUGUGAAGUCUCCUCUGAUCAUCCAUCAGUCUCUCCCACCUCCUCCUCUACUGCUUCUCUCUCCUCCUCUGUCAUCCCAACCACCGCCAUCCCAGGCCCCCAGCUUGCUCCCUCUGCUGCUGCAUUUCACUCCACCCCCCCUUCCUCCGCCUCCUCCUCCUUUGCUGUGGGGCUCUUGCCAGUGACCACCAAUGUUCCUACAGUCCAACCAACCUUGGUCCACUCCCAGCCGCAGACGGCAGCCCUGCCUGGGCAGACACACACACACUGUGGGGAAUGUGAUGCAAGGUGUGAGGCAUUCAGUGAGUCUCAAGGCAAACCGGACGACAUCCAAGCUCUGGAGAAGAAGCUGCGCUGUCUCUUCAUGGAUCUUGGUGGAGGGGUGCCAUCCGCCGGGGGAGACAUCUUAGCUGCUGACUCUGCCUCUGGAGCCCCUGUGCCAGGUACCUCUUCCCCACUGGGACCCUGCUCUACCUCCAGCACAUUUGUCAACAUACCUGGCUCCAGCCAGCCAGCCAAUCCUCCUCAGCCCCCAACCAGCCUUUCACUGGGGUCACCUGCUCCAAUCCAGGGCCCUGGAACACCUGUCUCCACCCCUGCACCAAAUGUUUCUACGGUCAUCCCUGCAUCGUCCUUUGGCCAGACUACUCCAUCCAAACCCCCUUUAUCCAGGGCACCGGCCAGUUCUCCUCCUUCAGAACUCCUGCCAUGCUUCCCUGGACCUUGUCUAAUACAGUCCCAGCAGCCUCUGGAGGACCUGGAUGCUCAGUUGAGGAGAGCACUGAGCCCAGAGACCGUUCCUGUGUGCACCCACACACAGGCCUCUCACAGUGGCAUACCUUCAACGGGACAAACAAUCCCCUUCUCUCUGGAGGAAGCUUCUGGGUCCUCUUCUGACCCUCCUCAUCCUUCAGGUGGAAUUAAACUGGGAAGAUUUCAGGUCUCGUUGGCUACUGAAGUGUCACACCCGGCCUGCACUGAGUCUUCCUCCACCACUUCCUCUUCGUCUUCUUCAUCCUCCUCCAGUCUCUCCAGCCCGGAGAAUACACUGCACAAGGACUCCUCGUUUCCUCUGAGAGGGGGAGGAGGACAAGGAGGAGAUGUUGUGGACGGACUCCCCCAACGGACUCUGGUAGGGUCCCACCACCCCUCCCCCCUCACUUCACCGUGCCCCUCUCCUAAGCCCACCACUACCAUUGGACGCUUCCAGGUUACCAUUAACCCAGAGGCCCGUUUUGGUAGAUUCUCAGUCAGUCGUACCCUGGAGCAGAGCCUCGAGUCCAGGCAAACCCCUCUGCCUGCUGCUCAUGCUGCUAAUGGACCCAGUAAUCACGGGCAGCUUUUGAGUCCAGACUCCACUCAUAAAGCUUCUCUGCCCAGUCUAAACACCAACUCCUUUAAUAACUCCCACAUCAGCAGUGACAAUGACUCUGAAUUUGAGGAUGAAGACUUCAAACAGGAAGUCAGCCACCUUAGAGAAAAGCACAUGCGUGAGAUUCAGGCUCUGCACUUCCGCCAGAAGGAGGAAAUAGAUAGUCUCUUUACCAGGCUGGGAAAGGUUCCUCCAGCUGCAGUAGUCCCUCCAGUUAUAGGCUUGACUGGCAGGAGAAGGAGACCUACUAAAAGCAAAUCCUCCAAAUCGUCCAGAACCAGCUCCACGCACAGCAGCAAGAGUCCGUUACAGCCAGGCAGCACUUUAUCCGCCCAGAGCGUCCCCACCAUGUACCCCGGCCAGCUGGCUCUGUUAGCCCCAGGAGGAUUAGCUGAUUCGGGUAGCAGUACUUUGCUCCAGCCACUCAAACCCUCUUCCUCCAGCAACAACCUAUGCUCGGCCUACACCAGCGAGGCGGCACUCUCUGUGCCCAGCCUCUGUGCUCCCACCCCAGGCUGUGUAAAGUUCAGCUGGGGUUCGGAGCGUUUGGCCUUCAAGCCUGGCGGCAGGAGGACGCGCUUUCUGAGUACGCCCUGCUUGGCUCUUUGGAAGAUGGUGAAAAAAGUCUGCCCCUGCAACCAGCUCUGUAGGACUAAUAGCACCAAUGCAGUGGGCGGUUCAGGUGGUUUGGGUCAAAGCCAGGGUGGUUCUCAGUGUCUGCCCCCCAACAUUUCAGCCCCCCACCAGAGAAAAGGAACUUUCACCGAUGACCUCCAUAAACUGGUGGACAACUGGGCCAGAGAUGCCAUGAACCUCUCACAGGGGAAGAGGAGUGCCAAACAGCUGCAGCAGGCCCCAAUACAGGGACAUAGCUACGAGGUUAUCCAGUCAGCCAGUCUGGGCAGGAAGUACUCGGCUCCCAGCCAGCUGUGUCCCAGCAGCAUUGGAGGUUCAGCCCACCUCCUUACCAACUCCACCACUGCUACCUCUCUGGCCGCCCGCAAGGGUUCCUUAUGCCACCCACCUGCUUCCUCCACUUCACCUCAACCUCAACCUACCCAGUUCAUCCACUACACCCCCUCCGCCGCCUACAGUGCACAAUGGUCCGGUCCGGCUCACGGUCUCUCAAUCCCACUCCAGGCUCCAGCACAGCCUGGGCCUUUACUGGUCAGCACCUCCCAGCCCCUGGGCCCCUACCCCACAACGGUUGGUGGACAGGGGCAGAUUCAAGGGCAGGGGCCCCUCCAGGCUUUCCAUCUGACCAACUCUCUCCAAAAGUCGAUCAGCAACCCAGGAGGACCUAACCUGAGGACCACGUAGGACUGGGGGUGAGGGCUGGUUUAAAUCACAGCCCUACUUGACUGAACUGGACUGGACUGGUGUGGAACAGAGUGUUACAGGCUUGCGUGGGGAGUGAGGAGUUUGAAAUGACAGAAGCUGACCUGUUCAAGAG